UGAAUGAAUCUCUUUUUUAUUUUUGCUCCGGGUUGGCUUUUAAGUCUGCAGACGUAACCAUCUGCUUUCUUUUUCCUAUUCUCUUUUCAUUCCUUCCUUGUUCAUUUUCUUCCCACUGGACAUAUUCCGAUGCACUGGAGCCGGUGACGCGCGACUCUCUCUUCGUUGCCCCUUUCUCCAAACACUACCUAGACCGGAAAAAGCUCCUUGCCAACAACUUCAGUCCCUUCUCAAUCCCCUGUGCUGAGUCGCGCGCUUAGCCAUCUUAAUCAAUAUUCGAUUGACGCGACCACAUUCCUCUCCUGCGUCGACGCUUCACCUGCUAUCAUUGGUUGUUUAAUCAUUAACACGCUCGUUAUUCGCGACAACAAGUCGCACCCUAUUAGCCAUGAGGCUCGCCUCUCUCGCGCUGUUCCUCGGCGCUGCCGUCCUCGGCACUGCGCAAGUAAUUGGUUCAGAGACAAGUGAUAGUCCCGACCGGGAGAACACAUAUUUUAAUGGCAAAAGAGUACCUCCAUUACUCGAGUUAACCCCCGAUACCAUCGAUAAGGAGCUGAAACUUUCAAAAUUCCUGGUUGUCAAACAUUACAGUCCGUUUUGUAUUCACUGUAUAGAUUAUGCGCCGACCUAUCAGACUUUGUACGAAUACUACUACACUUCCAAAGCCCCGAGUGACACGGAAUCCGGAUCCGCUGCAGCUUCCUUCGAGAAGUUUUACGAUAUUAGAUUUGCCGAGCUAAACUGUGUGGCUUAUGGCGACCUAUGUGCAAAGCAUGCGAUUACUACAUGGCCCGAGACCCUACUUUUCAAAGAUGGCGAGAUCGCUGACCGUGUCAAUGGUGGUAAAGAUAUAACUGUUGUCUCGAAAAUGAUCGAGGGCGCGCUCGAGAAGGAAAAGCCUGGUACUCGCCCCAAGGAGCUUUCGCUUCCGAAACCCGGGGCAAAAUCGUUUCCUGAAGGAUCAUCCGAGACUGAAGGAACUGCUGAGAAGGCCGAGAAGGCUGACAAGGUUGAGAAGUCUGCGAAGGGCGAACCCGACGAUGCUACUCCUGCAACCAAGUCUACGCCGGUGAAAGUGGACAGCGUAAAACCAUCCAAACCGACGAAGACUCCCAAUGAGCAAGGGAUUUCCGUAUCCCUGACGGCCGAAAGCUUUCAGACUCUCGUAACAAUGACCCAGGAGCCGUGGUUUAUCAAGUUCUAUGCUCCUUGGUGUCAUCAUUGCCAAGCCAUGGCUGCGAACUGGCAGCAGCUAGCUAAGGAAAUGCAGGGCAAACUCAACGUCGGUGAGGUCAACUGCGAUGUGGAAUCUAGGCUAUGCAAGGACGUACAUCUACGAGGUUAUCCUAGCAUUCUGUUCUUUAGGGGAGGCGAGCGUGUUGAAUACAAUGGCUUGCGCGGACUUGGCGAUUUCCUUCAGUAUGCCGAAAAGGCUUUGGAUAUUUGCACUGGCGUUCAGGAUGUUGAUGCCUCGUCUUUCAAGGCCCUCGAAGAGAAAGAGGAUGUUAUCUUCGUCUAUUUCUACGACCACGCCACCACGACCGAAGACUUCAUGGCCCUUGAGAGAUUGCCUCUCAGUCUGAUCGGACACGCCAAACUGGUUAAGACAAAGGACCCCGUACUAUACGAUAGAUUCAAAAUUACGACCUGGCCUAGAUUACUCGUUUCGCGGGAAGGGCGACCUACGUAUUACACACCCUUGACCCCCAGAGAAAUGCGCGAUACUCAUCUGGUUCUUACUUGGAUGAAGUCUGUCUGGCUACCUAUCGUCCCAGAGCUUACUGCCUCGAAUGCACGUGAAAUCAUGGAUGGAAAGAUCGUUGUCCUAGGAAUCCUAAAUAGGGAAGACCAGGAGACCUUCUUAAGCGCCAAGCGCGAAAUGAAGCGUGCCGCAAACGAAUGGAUGGACAAGCAAAUACAAUUAUUCCAGUUAGAGCGACAGAACCUUCGUGAUGCUAAGCAGCUCCGCCUCGAGGAGGCGGAAGACCGCAAUGACCAACGGGCUCUGCGGGCCGCUAAAAGUAUCCGGAUCAGCAUGGACAUGUCUGACCAUAAAGAGGUUACAUUUGCCUGGGUAGACGGUGUCUUUUGGCAAAGGUGGAUCCGAACCACUUAUGGUAUCGAUAUUAAGGACGGUGAGCGGGUGAUCAUAAACGACGAGGACAACCGACGAUACUGGGACAUGACCAUAACGGGCAGCCCCAUUGUCCCUUCGCGUGUAUCGAUCCUAGAGACCAUCUCGAAGGUCACCGUUUCUCCUCCGCUAAUUAAACCUAAGCUCACGAUUUCGAGCUUCGAGAAGAUCUUCUUCGACAUACGAGUCACCUUUACCGAGCAUCCGUAUCUUUCAUUCGGAUGCAUAGCAGGAAUUGGUCUUGGCUGUGCCUCAUGGUUCCGGGGACGAAUCCGGAGGAACCGUGGCCACUUCCGCCUAGAAGACAACCUUCCUAUCAAAGAAAUAAAGGAGGGUCUCCUUGGUAACACAGCUAAUGGGAAGAAGGACUGAAUAAGCAUUUUUCAGGCGGGGAAAUAAAUAUUUGAAGCAUUGCCAUUUGGGAAGACAUGGGUUACUGGAGUUGAUAUUCACCCAGCGGGAGUUUCUGUAUACUACUCU